ACAGCUGCAAAUUACAGCACCACCGACAGAGCACAGAGCGGCGCCCGACCACUGCCUUUCUCCCUUUUUACGCCAGCCAUCCAUCCGUUCCACAGUUGCCUACCUACCGCCUGCGCAGCAGAGAGACAGGCGAUUCCUUGGCUAUGUCAAGGUGUGCGGAUAUUCUGGCUUGAUUAACGCCUUUUCUUUUCUUGGAUUGUACGGUGUUAUGUUUUUCUGCCGCAUUUUCCAAGAUGGUUAAUAAGGUUUCACCUUGAUGUGCACCAUAUCAAAGGAAUUAGCUGCUACUGUUAAAGAAGCCAUCACUGCAGUGCUAUUAUUUUUUCAUUGACUGGAGGAAAAAUAUCACGCACUAUUGAACCAGCUGAGAAGGAGAGCUAAGUGCCCAGAGAGAAUCUGCUCAGAUCAACUCCUAAUCCAUCCAGCACAAACCUUCCUAUCAGGACCUACCUUGGCAUUAGAUGCCUGAGAGGAAUCCACGCUUGUAGGCAGGGUCUCCCAGCUCAGAAGCAUUGAGGCCCUCAGGAUCUCCACUGCCAUUUUCUCUGGUCUGUCAUCCACUAACGAAAUCGCUACUCGGUCACCAUGGGAACCGUUCUGUCUCUCUCUCCCAGCUACAGGAAGGCGUCCCUCUUCGAAGAUGGGCCAGCCACGGUGGGCCACUACACGGCUGUUCAGAACAGCAAGAAUGCCAAAGACAAGAACCUGAAGCGUCACUCGCUCAUCAACGUUCUGCCAUGGAAGCGGAUCGUGGCAGUGUCAGCCAAGAAAAAAGGCUCCAAGAAGGUGCAGCCCAACGCCACCUAUCAGAAUAAUGUGACCCAUCUCAACAACGAGAACCUGAAGAAGUCUCAGUCCUGUGCCAACCUGUCCACCUUCACCCAGGACCAGAGCACCCCAGCCCUCGUCAAGAACUCCAACAACGCUGUCUCGUCGGUCAAGAAGGCCCCCCUGACCAACUCCAAUGCGGCCCCCGGCACGCCCAAGAGGGUGAUCGUCCAGGCCUCCACCAGCGAGCUGCUGCGCUGCCUGGGUGAGUUCCUGUGCCGGCGCUGCUACCGACUAAAGCACAUGUGCCCCACCGACCCAGUGCUGUGGCUGCGGAGCGUGGACCGCUCGCUGCUCCUCCAGGGCUGGCAAGACCAGGGGUUCAUCACCCCGGCCAACGUGGUGUUUGUCUACAUGCUGUGCCGCGACGUGGUCUCCUCCGAGGUGGCAAACGAGCAUGAGCUGCAGGCCGUGCUGCUCACCUGCCUCUACCUGUCCUACUCCUACAUGGGCAACGAGAUCUCCUACCCACUGAAACCCUUCCUGGUGGAGAGUUCCAGGGACAUCUUCUGGGACCGCUGCCUGUCCAUCAUCAACCUGAUGAGCGCUAAGAUGCUCCAGAUCAACUCGGACCCGCACUAUUUCACCCAGGUGUUUGCCGACCUGAAGAACGAAAGCCAGAAGGAGGAGGAGAGGAGCCGCUUGCUCAUCGGUCUGGACCGGUGAAGGUCAUGGGUAGAGGGGCCAGGGUGGGGCAAGGGCCUACUCCAGUCUGGCAUUUCAAAAUGGGGGGAGGGGGAUUGGUUGAGGGAGUAGGAAGAGGGGAGUGGGGAAGUUUUGAGGGUUAAUAUGAGGGUUGAUUUGGCUUAGAUAUACCCAAAAAGUUUUUGAUUAUAAGCAUGUUUGACAGCUAACAGUACAACAGUUCACAGGAAGAGGGACAUAAGAAUAAAAUUUUAUAAAAAACAAAUUACAUUUUAUGGUAAAAUCGUAUUUAUCUCAAGUUUUCUUAAGACCAAACCAAUAUUUUUUCGAAAGGAAAGAGGUUUGCAUUUUCACUGCACCUAAGAAUGAAAGAUUUUGACACCUAAACAAAAAUGCCAGACUUGGGUACAUCCUCUGCUUACGUACAUGUACAUGAAAACAUUGAAAAAUACAAAACCAACAAUAAUAAUACUUUUAAAAAAACUAUAGAAAAGGAACACAAAUCUACAGCUAUGAAUGUGGAGAGAACUGAGGCUGCAGCAGCCUACCAGCUACCUGCUGACUGUCUGAGAUGCACUGCCUAUUGUGGGAGGGUACAGGGCCCUUGUGUGACUGGGCUACUACUCACAUCAUGGAUGAACAGACAAGCUGCAACCCCCCCUCCCCACACCCCCCUCCCCACACACACACACACACACACACACACACACACUGCAGAGAAGGGCUGGACAGUUCUGCUGCAGUGUAAACAAAUUUUGACCUGAAAGGAAAAGUGGGGCCACCGAUGCAGAUUCAUGUUGUUUCGGGUUUAUUGUUUGUGACUUGGCGAGAGUGGUUUGGUGGAGAAAGAUUGGUUCAGAAGGACUUGACAAAAGGCCUGCAUUGCAUUGUGGGAUUGAUUUGACCACAACACAACAGGACAUGAGGAAUUACAGUACAACCUAAGACACAACACUUGAUGGUCACACUACGUGUUAAGAAAGACCUACUUUAUUUUCAGCUCAGAAAAAAACUAAUGGAUGUUCAAAGGCUCAAGCCCAGGGAGGUUUAUUUAUUGCGCCUUUUCUUUUUUUAACUUAGAAAUAAUAGCCUAAUGCACGUGUGCCAUGCAAUUUUGGAGGGCAGGAAUGACUUUACUUUUUUCCAUUUGAUUUGUAAUUAAACUAACUGUAUCUGCAUUAGAGAAUGCUGUAAACAAAGUGAAAACUAGUUUAUUUAGCUAUGCUUGCUAAAAUAGGCUAUUUGUUUACCAAGGAAUUAUUUUGUACUUUUGUCUGAAGGUUGUGUCUAAAAACACUUUGAAAUGAAGGUCCAUAUUGUGCUAUAAGAAAUUCAGCAUUAACAAAUGUUUAACUAGUGCCAUAUCUUUGAUGAAAAUCCUGUAGGUCUGAAAACACAUCGAAAGAUAUCCAAAUGUUGAGUGAACUUAAUUUAUUGUAAUUUUAUUUGUUCUCUUGGCACAUCUCUUGUAAUCAAAUGAUCAUGAAUGAAUGAUCAAUCAGUAUAUUUAAAAGAACAGGAUAUGGUGGGAAUGAAGAUUGAUGGUUGUUGCAAAUUAAUGUUGCAGGGAAUAAGCUAUAGAUUGACCCUAGAUUAAAAACCAAUACAAAUCUGACCAUCGACAAAGUUAACCAACACAUCAGAGAGACCUUGAGUAAAGACAAAGAUCUUAGAACCUUUACCACCCCUAGAACUAUAGGCACAGAGCAAUCCCAAACCCAACACACCAACCAGCUCCACAUAUCAACAAGACAACAUAACCAUCAGCCAAUGGCAGGGCAUUUCACUCAAAACCACUCAGUGGCACAGCAGAAAAAAUUACAGGCAGCCUCCCCUGGAGUAAUCUCUCAAUGCCAAUAUUAAUCAAAUCUAAGACAACAAUGUAUUCAGCUGGGGAGGAGAUGAGGUUAUGGUCGGGUUAGAUUCUAGUUGACCUCCAUGGAGAUAAUCAGGUUUUCAAUCAGCUGAAGCCACUGAGGGAAAUAGGAACACCAUGACAACCUGGACUACAUCGAAAUGAGAGCAUAUGGAGCAGUCAAGAUACAUGGCUAUCAUUUGCAUUGAAGAAUUGUAGAGGCUAGAAAAGAUUAUAGAACUGAUAGCACCUCCAUCUCCAAUAACUAAGAUAAAGGGAGGUGGUAGGUUUUUCUGUCAACCACUGAUAUAUGUAGUAAGAGAUAAGUGGAAUUGAAUCCACAGUUUAACAGGAAUAAGUUGUCACUAGUAUACAGUACAUAGAUUAAACUGGACCUUGAGGAAAAAACUAACAAAUGAAAACAAUGCACAUAAAAACAAGUGAAUAAAAAAGAGUAUUUGCCAGCUUUUUAUCAACUAAACAGUGAGAAAUUGCGCAUGCUUUCUUUCAGUAGUUGUUUCUCAAAUUUCAUUCUAGAAAUGCAAAAUGGUGACAGUCAUAUGCAGGGAAUAAAUUGAAUUUUUAUUUGUA